AUCCCUAAAUAUUUUUACGGUGUCCGAAACAUCUAUAAUAGUUUUUCAUUCGUCCUACAGUUAUUUAAUACAAUCAAAUUAAGGAGAGAAGCGUUAUUAUUCGUUUCUAUUAUAGACAUUGUCUUAUAAAUAAAUAAUAGAAAAUUACUUUGUAAUUAUAGGUAAGAUAAAUAAAUAUUUCGGUUAAUUUUCUUAUAAUUAUUAAAUAUCGCUCACUCUCAUGCUGUUUGUCUAUUAUUCCCUCAGAUUUGAAGAAUUAUAGGAAUCAUGCAAAAUUUAUCAAAUAUCUUCCGUAAUUUCUUUUCAAUAAUUAAUCGGGGAUCAUCUCUUGUACAGAAUAUUUCAACUUCCGCUACUCUCUUCGACGCCGUCUCCGCAAAAGCAGGCCAAAAUCAGAUGGCAAUGAUAUAUAAAAUGUAUAAAGAUGGUCCUCCUAAAAGGCAUAUUGUUAAGAAUAAAGCCAUGGAUGGUCGACCUUUCAUGAAGGGCGUUGUUCUAAAGACAUUAAUAAAAAAACCUAAGAAACCAAAUUCUGCGAAUAGAAAAUGCGUUAGAGUGCGAGUAUCAUCAGGAAGAGAAGUUACCGCAUACGUGCCAGGAGAAGGUCACAACCUGCAAGAGCAUAGUAUAGUUUUGGUUCGAGGCGGAAAGGUACAAGAUCUUCCCGGUGUAAAACAUAAAUGUAUUAGAGGAAAAUAUGAUUUAGGUCAUGUAAAAAAAUAAAUAACAUACUAAUUAUAAUAAUAAGAAAAAAAAACUGUUUCCUUUUUCUGCUU